UUUGGUGCAAAAUUAUUGACUAAUAGUUUCAAUCACUUGUAAGAAAGAAACAAUGUGUAAAGUAUUUGUGUUGUUAUUUGGGAUCAUGUUUAUGAUAUUACCUUGCAAGGGAUUGAAUUCAGAUGGGAAAUAUCUUUUGGAGUUGAAAAAUAAUGUUAGAGACGAAUUCGGGUAUCUAAACAACUGGAAUGCAGAUGAUGAGACACCUUGUGGAUGGAUGGGUGUGAAUUGCACAUAUGCAAAAGUUUGGUCUCUUGAUUUGCAUUCCAUGAACCUUUCUGGAACGUUGAGCCCGAGUAUAGGUGGUUUGGCUUCAUUGACUUUUCUUGAUCUUUCCUCCAAUAAUUUUGGUGGCAGCAUUCCAAAGGAGAUUGGGAACUGCUCAAGUCUAGAGAUGCUUUACUUAAACAGUAAUCAGUUUGAUGGAAGCAUACCAGACCAGAUUGGCCGCCUCUCUCGUUUGAGUCAUUUGAAUAUAUGCAACAACAAGAUUUCCGGGUCAAUCCCUGAGUCGUUUGGUCAACUCUCUUGGCUUGUUGAAUUUGUGGCAUACACCAACAAUCUCAAAGGCCCACUCCCGCCAUCUAUGGGGAACCUUAAGAAUUUGACAACUUUUAGGGCCGGGCAAAAUAGUAUGACCGGAAACAUACCUGCAGAGAUCGGUGGGUGUGAAAACUUGGAGUAUUUUGGGGUUGCUCAAAAUAAUUUUGAUGGGGAGAUACCUAAGGAAUUUGGGCUGUUAUCAAAGCUUACUGAUUUGAUUCUUUGGAAUAAUCAGUUAUCAGGAUCCAUUCCACAAGAGAUUACUAACUGUUCUUGUCUUGAAACUCUUGCUUUAUAUCAAAAUAAUCUUGUUGGUGGAAUCCCGAAAGAGAUUGGGAAGCUUAGCUACAUGAAGAAGUUAUACUUGUACAGAAACGGAUUGAAUGGUACGAUUCCCAGAGAGAUUGGCAAUCUUUCUCUAGCCACAGAGAUUGAUUUCUCAGAGAAUUAUUUGGUAGGUGAGAUCCCAACUGAGUUUAGUCACAUAAAAGGGCUUACAUUGCUCUAUCUGUUUGAAAACCAGCUUCAUGGAGUCAUCCCGAAUGAGCUUUCUAACCUGAGGAACUUGUCAAAGCUUGAUCUCUCCAUAAAUUCACUUACGGGGCCCAUUCCUUCUGGUUUUCAAUAUCUCCCAAGAAUGUAUCAGCUGCAGCUCUUUAGCAACUCGUUAAACGGCACUAUUCCUCAAGGGUUUGGGAUCUAUAACAGGCUUUGGGUGGUUGACUUUUCCGACAAUGAUCUGACCGGGAAGAUCCCACCUUAUGCCUGCAGGCGUGGGAACCUGAUGUUACUGAAUCUUGAGUCAAAUGAUCUGUAUGGAAAUAUUCCGAAUGGGAUUGUGAAUUGCAAAUCCUUAGUUCAGCUCCGUCUAAGUGGUAACAAGAUAACUGGAAGCUUUCCAUCUUCAUUGUGCAAUUUGGCAAACCUGUCGGCUAUUGAACUGGGUCAAAACAGAUUCAGUGGCCCGAUUCCCCUGGAGAUUGGGAACUGUAAAAAGUUACAAAGGCUUGAUCUUUCAGGAAAUUACUUGUCGGGGGAGUUGCCUAAUGAGAUCGAGAAACUUACUCAUUUGGUUCAGUUCAAUAUUUCUUCCAAUCUGAUCACAGGAAGGAUACCACGUGGGAUUCUGCAUUGCAAGAUGCUUCAAAGACUUGAUCUCAGCAGGAAUGGGUUUUCAGAUGAGAUACCACGUGAGCUUGGUGCUCUUUCUCAGCUGGAGCUACUCUUGAUUUCAGAAAACAAGCUCUCUGGGGAAAUACCGAUCGUCCUUGGUAAUCUCUCUCGUUUGACUGAGUUGCAGAUGGGCGGUAAUCUCCUUUCCGGUGAGAUACCACCUGAGCUUGGAUCCCUUACGAGUUUGCAGAUUGCUUUGAAUCUUAGCCACAAUAAUCUCUCUGGCCCUAUACCUCCCCAGCUUGGGAAUCUUAUUUUACUAGAAAACCUUCUGCUCGAUAACAAUCAUUUAAGCGCUGAAAUUCCAGGUACAUUUGCAAAUCUUUCGAGUUUGAUGUCCUGCAACUUCUCGUACAACAAUCUCUAUGGCCCGCUGCCUUCUGUACCGUUGUUUCUGAACAUGGCUAUCAGCAGUUUCAUUGGUAACGUUGGUCUUUGUGGAGGCCCGUUACCAAGCUGUGACGAGUCUUCAGGUUCCACCCCUGCACCGCCUACUUUGGAGAGUAGCGAUGCUGCCAGAGGUAAAGUAGUCACAAUGAUCGCAGCCGUUGUGGGUGGGGUUUCUCUUAUUUUGAUUGUUGUUAUCUUAUAUUUCAUGAAAAAAACAGCUACACGAAAUGUAACUGUGAUAGAGGAUGAUACAGAAACUUCUCCGGUCUCGUCAGCAGAUUUAUACUUGCCACCAAAAAAUGGUUUCAAGUUCCAAGAGUUGGUUGAGGCCACACGGAACUUCCACGACAGUUAUGUUAUUGGAAGAGGAGCUGUGGGGACGGUUUACAAGGCAGUGAUGCAGUCUGGACAGACAAUUGCUGUGAAAAAGUUUGCUUCCAAUCGAGAAGGAAACAACAUUGAAAACAGUUUUCAGGCUGAAAUAUUGACACUAGGAAAAAUCAGGCAUCGUAACAUUGUAAAGCUUUAUGGGUAUUGUCAUUACCAGGACUCUAAUUUGCUGCUUUACGAGUAUAUGGCGAGGGGUAGUUUGGGUGAAUUGCUUCAUAAUGGUUCGUCUUGCAGUUUGAACUGGCCAACUCGGUUUACCAUUGCCCUUGGGGCUGCUCAAGGUCUUGCCUAUUUACAUCAUGACUGUAAACCAAGGAUCAUUCAUCGUGAUAUCAAGUCCAAUAAUAUCUUACUUGACGAGAAUGAUGAGGCUCACGUGGGUGAUUUUGGUUUGGCCAAAGUGAUCGAUAUGCCGCAGUCCAAGUCCAUGUCCGCCGUUGCUGGUUCCUAUGGCUACAUAGCGCCAGAAUAUGCAUAUACGAUGAAGGUGACAGAGAAGUGUGACAUAUACAGUUACGGGGUGGUUUUGUUAGAACUGGUAACCGGAAGAGCUCCGGUACAACCAUUAGAUCAAGGAGGGGAUCUGGUUACAUGGGUAAGAAGUUAUAUUCGAAAGAAUUCAAUAAAUGUUGGGAUUCUGGACAGCCGUUUGGAUGUUGAAGAGGAAGAUGAUGAACGUGUGGUGAACCACAUGAUUUCCAUCUUGAAAGUAGCUAUAAUGUGCACGAAUAUGUCACCUUUUGACCGGCCGUCGAUGAGGGAAGUUGUGUUGAUGUUGAUUGAAUCAAAUGAAAGAGUUGGUAACCUUGUUUCUUCUUCUACUACUAAUACAUUAGAUGAUGAUAAUGAUCACAAUCAUCAGCCUUGUUCAAAAGAGCAAGUCAGCCUGUAGUAGUGAGUGUAUGUUGUGCUACACGUGCCUACCUAUUAUUAACCAAAUGUGAUUGUGAUUCUAAUUUUAA